CGCCCGGGCUGUGGAUGCCAAUGGCUCUUUGCUCCUUCCCGCCCGUUGGCCUCCUCCUCCUCACUAUGUUCCUCGCCUUCGCCGUAUCCACAUGCGCAACGGCCAACGGUGAGCCGCCGGCGCCGUCGCCGGCGCCGCCACCGGCGGACAGCAGGUUCCUCUGGGCGUGCUGUGCUAACACGACGAACGCGUCCAUAUGCUACGACUCCCUCCUCCCAUUCGCGGGCUCCUUCCACGGCAACCGCGUCAAGGUCGCUCGCGCCGCCGCAGUCAUCGCGUUCGGGCGCCUCCGCGGCUUCUACGACGAGCUCCGCCGCCUGCAGCUCCAGCCCGGGGGCACCGGCGCCGGGAGAGUCGCGGACAGCGCUCUGGGUUCCUGCGCGACGUCCGCCGACGUGUCCCAAGGCAGAGAGGUGGACCUGCUGGCCAUUCUCCGGCGGCUCGAGACGGCCGCCGGCAGGAGAAGAGGGGAGCAGGCGGAGUGGGACCUGCACGACGCUAAUCUAUACGCCGGCUCGGUACAGUCUUGCACCAUGUGGUGCGUGGAUGGUUUCGCGAGUGCCGGUGACGCGGCGCUGGCGUCGCCGGUGGUGAAGAAGGUGGUGGCCUGGGCCACGAACCUGCAUCUUUACGGAGACAUUGCACUGGAUCUUGUCGCUUCCAUAAAGUUAUGAAUGUGACGCAAUGUCGCAACCUAAAUGCGUGUUUGCUCUGAAUAAUCCAUCUCCUGUUGAUUCUAUUUUACUUUCUAAAAUAGUGAAGUGUUGGCCUCUUGUCGCUUUGUUUCAACAAUUCCAUGGUGGCAGCUUCCUCGCUUAAACCAAAACUGUCAGUUUAUCGCUCAAGGAUCAUGA